AUGUCCCAACACCAGCAACGAAACGAAAACAGUGCAUGGCGUCCAUAUCAGCAACGGAACGAAAACAGUGGAUGGCAUUCAUCUCAGCAACAGAAUGAAAACAGUGGAUGGCAUCCAUAUCAGCAACGGAAUGAAAACAGUGGAUGGUAUCCAUACCAGCAACGGAACGAAAACAGUGGAUGGCAUCCAUAUCAGCAACAGAAUGAAGACAACCAAUACCAGCAAUACAAUGAAAAUAGCGGAUUGUACACAUAUUCGCAACAAAAUGAAAAUAAUAAAAGAAUGUACAGACAACAAAUUCAAAAGCAAGAGGUCGUGACUGCUUAUGACAGAAAAGUAACUCAUGAGAUCUUUUAUGAUACUAUGGAAUUCCUGGAAAAAUAUAUUGAGAUAGCUGGUUAUUAUCCUGAUUGGAAUGCAAGGAGGCAAUUUCCUAAUAAUAAUGUUAAAAGAACUAUCGACGGACCAGAAGACGCUGAAGAAUGUUUUUCGACUGUAUUGCUUGGACUUAAAAAUACAAUUAAACGUAAACCUCCUUUUAUUCAAGAAGAAAUUAAACAAGAGUACAACCGUUGGAUUAGCUCCACUGGAAUCAACGAAAAUAAUUGUCCUGAAAGAUUACAGCUUAUUUUAUUUGGAUUUAAUGAAAUAUUAGAAGGUAGAAGUGAAAAGUUCGAUAAAGAUUUGAAAAAUUGCAAACAAACCCUUGAUCAUAAUUCUUCUGAAUAUGCAAAAGAAUUAAACAAAACUUUUGCGGCUGUUCAAGCUCCACUACGAAAUGAAAGGAAAAUAGCAGAGUCUCUCGAGGGUAAAAAGUAUAAUGGAAUUGAUAUUAAAAAUAAGUUUAACGGUAACAUAGAACAAGGUCAAGGAGUUCUUAACAAAAUUGCUAGUGCUGCUGGCAAUUUUCAUGAAAAUUUCUACUUUUUUCCGCAAGAGGAUCGAAAAGAGGUAAUGAUCUAA